AUGUCGGGCGCUGAAGUGGGUGGUCUGGUCCUUGGUGGCAUCAGCCUCGCAAUCGCAGCUGUCGAGCAUUACCACAACCUCUCUCAGACCGUUCAUGGCCUCAAAAACUACCAUUGCACAAUUCAGCAGCUAAGACUCGACCUCAUCAUUCAGCAAGAUCAACUUAAGCAAUCUCUGAAGCAGCUCGGGUUUGAUGACUUUUCAAUCCCGUCCACACAUCAUGCGUUACGGAACCGUAUCUACUGCAGCCGUCCAGACCUCGAGCACCCUGAAAUGGUGGCUGGAGUUAUCUGGUCUAUCGAAGAAACAAUAGAAGGACUCAGGAAGAAACUUAAGAGAUGCGACGAUACGCAGCGUAGAAGUAAACCAACGAAGGCGUGGAACCGGUUCAGACAUACUUUCACUGCCAAAUUCCGCAAGGGACCAUGGAAGAACUCCAACAUUCUAAUAACAUUCAUCCAGGAAGCCCAGUCCCAAUACUCGUCUUCAAAAUGCGACACGAUACGGGUGCAUGCUUUUGAAGUAUUCAAUUAUUUCAAGUUGGGCUGGAAAUGCUCUUGUGUCGGUCCUCACCAAACCGGCAUACGUUUCGACACGGUAUCCUCGACUCUUCGUGUUCCAAUAUCGGAGGUGGCAAUCAGAACAUUUAAGUCUCUACAAGGCCAAGAUGCGCUUCUCCAGCAUGAAAACAAGACCCAAUGCUGGAUCGAGACGCUCGCAAAACUCGAGACUGUACCAGCAGUAGAUUCUGGACCGGACCCCGACCCCAAGCCUCUACCGCCCAGUGCUUCGUCUGCCCCAGCAUCACAGAAUGGUUUCAAUUCAAAGUCACCUGCGACUGAUGUCGAGUGCUUAUGUGAAGCGCUUAGUCGUCAUGAUUUUCAAGAAGGUAGCUUGCCCGGAGUGAAGGCGGACAAUAGGCGACGGAUGGUCAUCAAAGUCAGCAAUACAGAAGCUGAACCCCACCAAACUCAAUACAACACACUCGAAUCUUUCGUCGGCCUCUCUGGACGUUUUGACCUGAUAUCCCGUGUUCAGCGCCUCGGCAUAGCAUAUGCUAUGGCUAUCAUGCUUCUACACCUCGGUGAAACACCCUGGCUCGACUCAAAAUGGGGUAAAGGGCAUGUUAGUCUAGCACGACGCAAACAAGAAACUACACCGGACAUAACUCUAGAAGACGUCCGUGUCCUCCACGAGUUUCAAUCUCCAGCCAGCUCUGUGGUUUCUCCGCGAAGGCCUAACCAACAAGCUGGGAGGAUUAACUCGUUGGGGAACCACAGCCCAGCAAUGCUUUCUCAGGGCAUUCUGCUGGUUGAACUCUGCCUGAACGAAGAUCAGUCUGCGCUUCUCGCCGCAGCUUUCAGUGGUUCCUUUUCACCUGACACACGGGACCGCCAGAUCUGCAAAAUCAUCGAACGGGUCUACCUCGAAGGGGGUAAUUUCUAUGGCUCCGCUACAGAACGAUGUCUCCAGUGCCAGUUCACUAGGCCUGCCGCAACGAAGAUUUUCAUGGAUAGCAAUUUCCGGGAAAACUUCUUCAAGGACGUGAUAGCGCUGCUACAAGUGACCUACGAGGUAUCGCGCGAUACUUACAGGAACUCUUCAAAAUGUGUAAACUUGAGGACACUCGAAAAGGGACUCCCGUUCAGGGUAAACGACUCGACGCAGAAUCCGUUUUGA